GGUUCCGUUCGGCUCCUGUCUGUACUUCCGGUGGUGAUGGCCGCUGCUGUGGCUGGGGUGCUGCGAGGGGGUCUCCUGCCCCAGGCGGGCCGGCUGCCCACCCUCCAGAGCGUGCGACAUGGCUCCAAGGCAGUGACCCGCCACUGGCGUGUCAUGCACCACCAGCGGCAGAAGCUGAUGGCUGUGACUGAGUAUAUUCCGCCCCGGCCGGCCGUGAACCCACGAUGCCUGCCGCCUCCGCCCAAGCCCCCCGAGGAGGAGUCAGGCCUGAUCCGGCUCCUCCGGCGGGAGAUAGCAGCGGUUUUCCGAGAGCACCGAAUGAUAGCCGUCUGCCAGAACGUGGCCAUGAGCGCCGAGGACAAGCUCCUCAUGCGGCACCAGCUGCGCAAACACAAGAUCUUGGUGAAGGUCUUCCCCAACCAGGUCCUGAAGUGCUUCCUCGAGGAUUCCAAAUACAAAAGCCUGCUGCCCCUGUUCGUGGGCCACAACAUGCUGCUGGUCAGCGAGGAGCCGAAGGUCAAGGAGAUGGUGCGGAUCUUAAAGGUGAUGCCCUUCCUGCCACUGCUGGGUGGCUGCGUCGACGACACCAUCCUGAGCAGGCAGGGCUUGCUGAACUAUGCCAAGCUGCCCAGCCAGGCCCUGCUGCAGGGCGAGCUGAUCGGAGGACUCAGCCUCCUGCUGGGCCAGACCCGCGCCCUGCUGCAGCACCGACCCGCCCAGCUGACGGCCCUGCUGGAGCAGCACGUCAGACGGCAACAGGAAGGGGCCUCCACCGCGGCAGCCGGCGGGCAGCCGGGCCCUCCUGAGCCUGUCCUGGACUCCCAGCUGCCUGUGCACCCGGCCCUCCCGUGACCCGGCCCCACGACCCGGCCCCGCGACGUGCUGGUCUCCGUGGGCCAGGCAGAGGAACUCGGGGUGGCGUGGGUGGCCUGGCUUCCAUCAGUAGCCCCCUCCUCGGGUACAGGGCCGGCCACUGGAGAGACGGGGCCGAGGCUGAUAGUUACCGUCUCUGUCCCUGGCUCCCCAGCUGGGGAUCUGGUAGAAGCAGUCUCUUCCGUCUCAGUUACGCGGCUGGAAGGCUGCGACUCCUGCCCUGGUCACUCCCUCCGGUCCGCUGUCCCUUGCUGACCUCUCCCUGCCCUCUGCGGGACCCGGCAGCCACAGAACCUCCGCUGAGUGAUGGCGCGGAGUAGCCCGGUUGAGCCUGCGCAGUCCCUGGACACGAAGGAAACAGAUGUAAAUGGCCCAUCCCAGGUUGUGCCGGGAGCAGUGACAGGACAGAGACGUGGACUAGGCUCUCUCCCUGAGUCUGGAUCACCCGCAGCGCCGGUGGCCGGGAGGUCAGCUCCCGCCCUCUGGCACCACCCCGUCACCGCGGGUACUCUCUGAUAAAGUGAAACAUUGUGAUUAAUGA